CCAAGUAGCAGGACGCGGGAAUGGUUGGCUGGUCUGUCGCCUGCAGGAAGUGCGACCGGCCGGCGUCGAGAACUGGUAGUGCACAACUGCGGAGCGUUCCAUUCUCACAUCCCUACUUGUUUUAAAGAAGCCACAUUCUGAUUCUGUUCCUUAAGAUAUCUUGUAGCGAGUUUACCUGCAAUCUAGGCGAUUCUUGUAUGCUACAUAGUUACUACAAAUAUCGUAGAAGACCCCGGAGAUUAUCGGGUAAAAAAUAAAAAAAAAAAAAAACGAAAAAAAAAAACGGUGGGACGAUGGAAACGCAGAUCCACGUGCCUGUCGGCACGCCGCUCAUACGAAAGCUUGCCGUUUUUGUAGACGAGCACAACGUGAUGGAAGGAGCAAUGAAGAUCAUGAAAGAGCUGAGACCAGACUGGGAGGUGAACAAUGUCAGAACGAAGUUCUUCACCGAUGGGACAACCAACAAACUGGUUGGCUGUUAUGCGGAAGAUAAUCCAAAAGAUGUAGUCUUAGUACGAGUUUAUGGGAACAAGACUGAGCUAAUUGUGGACAGAGAGAAUGAGCUUAAAAGCUUUCAGGUGCUGCAUGCUAAUGGUUGUGCUCCUCGUCUUUACUGCACCUUUCAAAAUGGCAUCUGUUACGAAUACAUGCAAGGGGAUGCUCUUGGGACACAAGAUGUCAGGGAUCCUUCUUUACUUAGACUGAUAGCUGGAGAGAUGGCCCGUGUCCAUGCCAUCCAUGCGCAUAACGGAUGCAUCCCGAAACCCAACCUAUGGAUUAAGAUGCAAAAAUACUUUUCCCUUGUGGCUACAGAAUUCACAGAACAAGCUUCCAACAUCAGAAUCCAGAAGGAAGUCCCGAGCAAGGAGGUGCUGGAGCAGGAGAUGGUAUGGAUGAAAGAGCAUCUUUCUACACUGGGUUCGCCUGUGGUUCUCUGCCAUAAUGACCUGCUCUGCAAGAACAUCAUACACAACAGCAAAGAGGCUCAUGUUCGCUUCAUAGAUUAUGAAUACUCCAGUUACAACUACCAAGCUUUCGACAUUGGCAACCACUUCAAUGAAUUUGCAGGCAUGGCAGAGCUGGACUACGGGCUGUACCCAAGUCGGGAGAUUCAAAUGGACUGGCUCAGAUUCUACCUGCAAGCUUAUAAACUUUUCAGCAAGAAAACAGAAGAGGUCAGCGGUAAAGAACUAGAGACACUCUAUGUGCAGGUCAACAAGUUUGCUCUGGCUUCUCAUUUCUUUUGGGGUUUCUGGGCCCUCAUUCAGGCCAAAUACUCCUCCAUUGACUUUAACUUCCUUGGUGUCCUAAUUGGUCAUCUUGUGUGAACUCAACCUUGGCUCACACAACAAAAGCGGAUGAUGUGACAGGUACGCUGUGUUGCGUUUCAACCAGUACUUCAAGAUCAAGCCCACAGUGAUGGCCUUGAAGAUUCCAGAAUGACAGCAGCCCGACAAACGUCCAGUCAUGGGAGUUCUCCCUUUGGAGCGCUGCUUGUUCUUGAUGGCAUUUUGUUCUGCAACCCCUUAUAACUCUUGAUUCCUUCCAAAUGUAGCUCAGUAUUUGUCACAGAACUUAAAUGUGUGGUGUAGAUGUUUGUGUGACCGCUUGCUUGUUUAUGGCUGUGACUUAUCCAUCUUACAACACUGGAUCUCUUACUUGCAGGCAGGUGAGCCCUCACUUAUUCUUUCCAGUUUGAGAGAGGUCAAUGGCACAGAGUUUAUGUCACUUCGUGUGGCAACACAACAGAGGCUGCUCUGUGGAAAGCCAAUCUUCCAUUGCUACUUUCAUCCAUUGCUCAACGGUGCUCUUCUCGCCAUUGAAAAUGACACAGUAAUAUUGGUCACGUCUGUUCUGUAGAUCUGGGGCAUUCCUCAGACUGUGGAGAGUGCGUUUGACACCAUUCCUUCAUUUUCUCAUGUUCUCAUUCUAUUACCUCCACUCUAGUGAUAAUUUUUUGGAGAACGGCUGCUGUUACUACUACUAUUUCUCUGCGUGCCCAACAUUGUAGGCUUUCUGUGAUAAUGGCCUGCAAUGUUUUGAGAUCUGCAAAAUGGAAAAAACUUUUCAAUGUCUUGUAGCAACCAUUGGGGGAGAAGCGGUGUAUGCAUAUUUGAUCUUUUAUUGGAAGACUUGUUCAAGAUCCCAGAUGAAGCAACCUCAUUAACACUGGCAUAUAAAGUGAGAUGGGAUGUGACCUUACACUGCAUUUUUUCCACCAUCUUGACUUAAAUUAGUACAGUAUGCCACUUUGUUGUAUUUUCCGUGUGAAUUUAGCAGAGCUCAUGCUCAUGGAAAAUCCACGGCUCCACAACCUCCAAACACUGAGCUCAGAAUGCGUCCUUUGAUGUCAGAACCAUUGCAUUUAACCAAUCUCUUAAAAUGCUUCCCCACUACCUAAAAUGUUCAGAGAUUGCAGACAGGUUUUAUCAGGUGGACUAAUUUAUGUAUUAAUUUUUUAAAAAAUUGUGGUCUGGAAAGUAAUUCAAGUGGAUUAACAAGAUUGGAAAAUACUUGUGUCUUGAUUGGUGUUUUUAGAACAGUGAAUUGAGGACCUUCACAACCACCAAAUAACUCUCUCUGUUCAUUUUGUAAAUGUAAACACUAUAAGUUGAUCUGAUUUGUUAAAUUUGCAGGACAUUGCUGGCUCUUCUCUGGUUGUGUUGGUUUCCUGUGAGGAAGAGGGUGUUAAGAACACUUUGACACAGUGUUAAAAGGAGCUGUAAAUGAAAAAUCCUUUUUGUUUGAAUCGGAACAGUUUCAUCUUUAUUUCAAGGGGCAGACGUUAAAGGCACGAUAUCGCUGCUAAUUCAGCAGCCAUUUUCAAGACAUUACCGUUGCACAACCAUACCUGUAAUGGGACCAUACGCAGUAAGCGAGGGACCUACACUUUUACAGUUGAAUGCAGUAUAUGGUCUUUGUGGGAACCAUUAUUUUAAACCUGGAGAUGAUAACGUUUGUUAAUAUCUUUUCCUCUUUUUUUUUUUUAAAUUACUGAUGUGUUGUCAAUAAAUGUGGUUAUUUGGGUGUUUGCAGUUAAGGAAAUUUGCCCAAUUGCGUUUGAGGGUUUUGCACUGACAUUGAUGUUUAGUAUUUAUUUAGAGCUUUAUUUGACUUUGCUUUCUACACACCAAAAAUAUUAAUGAAAGCGCUUUGUUUUUAAAUGUCAAGCUGUGCCAUAAACACAUUUUGGCUUGUUCAACAACUUACAGAAGAAGUGGAUUAACUUAACUAAAUUAGCAAAAUCCAUUUGUGUGAAACAGGCUGACAUUAAAAGCAAAAUAGAGUGCUACAUCAGGUGAAAAAUUCAUCAAGUGAAAUACUGUCACUUUGCAUUUGUCUCAUUUAUUGAGUGACUCCAAAAUUGUCUAACUUUAACCGGACAGAUAAAAGACUAUUUAUAUUUCCUUUGUAUGUUUAGAUUUUGUAAAUGCUUUGCCUUGACACACAGAUGAGAGAUAAAGCCAGUGAUGCGGUGCAGGUAUGUACAUGAUGAAUAUACUCAUUGACCGCCGAAAAGAUGCUUAAAAAUAAAGGGUGUAAAUAGUCUUAUACUGUAAAAUGUUUCCGUACAUUGAUUCUUUACAACUUUGGGGAACUUGCAAGAUGUAUUUCACUUGUAUUAACUACUCUGUUAUUAAAACAAAUACAAUAAAAAUGCA